AUUUUAGCAUAAGUAUAAAUUUAAUAAACACAUUUUGCAUAAGGAAUGAUAUGAAUAUAAGCACUAUUGUAUUAAAGUUGUGAAAGAUUUGCUUUGACAAGUACAUAUUUUGCCAAAAUUGAUUAAAAAUGUAAGUUUAUAAAAUUAUUAUUACCUCCCUUUGUCUGUCCUGGUUGCGCAACCAAGAUAAAUUGAAAAAAGAUUAAUUCCGAAGCUACGCGCUGUUUUACAAUUUGUCGUUUGUUUCAGUUUGUUGAAAUAUCCCAAAUAUCCUCAAUGAAUGCCAGUUUUAAUCAUUGUAAUAUUGCUUUCCUGAAUAUUUUAACAUGUAUGAAUAUUACAAUAAUUAAAAGUAAUUUCAACAUUUCUGAAAAUAGACAACAGCCCAAUGUAACAUUUUGUGAAAAGGUAACAAAAUAUCAUAUACAAGUUUUAGUUCAUUUUCAUCACUUUUAGAACGCUAGCAAAUACAUUGUAUAUUGAAGAUACAAUAAAAAUGCUCUACCCGCCAGUUCUAUUAUGAAGUCACGAAUGAAAUUAUCAAACUUUCGACCCAACAUAUACCUAAUAUUACUUUUUCUAACUGUACUUGUAUCGAUGUCUUUAUUUGGUAGGAAAAACGGCAUGAAAAACAUGUCUUUUUCUGGUCACAGACGCCGCGACCAUAAAACACCCAAAUGAAGACUUUUGUUUGAUGGGCGGGAUGGGUAGUUGACACCUUAACCACCGCUCCCCCUAUUUCAUCCUUGCCACCUGCUUAGCCGUUAUAGUCAAAUGGGCAUGAAAGUUAAAGACCCACCACGACCUAGUGACCUUCUUUUUUCUCCCACAAGAACUUCGUGAAAAUCAUUCUAAUUAUACUGGUAUAAUACAGCUAUAUUACAUGAUGACAGGUGGACAAUUUAGGCCCUCCCUGAAUUAAUAUGUUUUCACAACUUCAUCUACAAACGUAUUCAGUCAAUCGAUUUCAGUAUAAGUUUAAAAACAUAGAUAAAUAACUAUCCUACCCUGUAGAAACAAAGUUUGAUCCAAACUCAGCUUGAUAUAUCAAAAACUGUUCUUUAUGCUACAUUUAUCCAAUACAAUGUUUGGACAUUAAACACAUUGUCUUGGCCUUAUACGUCACAAUAAAUUUGUUAAUAGAUACUUGUAGUUCUCACUUUUUUCAUGCAAAUCAUGUAUAAUUACCAUCAUGGAAAUACAAAAGAAAACAGUUAUUUUAUGUCGGGUCUUUAAAAUUCCUCGCCACCUCAACCCAUAUGUAUAUUUAAUGGAGCGUGAAAUGGAGCGUGAAUGUGUAUCAUAAAAUGUAAAUAACUUCAAUAUCAUACUACCAGUAGUAGUUGUUUUGUUAAACAUAUAGUGUAGAAUGAACAUGAAAGAAUACAUAAGUGAAAAUGACAUUGUCGUUUUCAUUUCAGAAAAAUAUUCUCUCCAGGUCUUAGAAAUGACAGAAAUGGAGGGAUAUGAGGAUUUUAAUCUAAUGGUUCGAGUCCACAUCAAGCCGGAAUCUGCAAAUGAUAGAGCUGAAAAGGUUUAUGUGCUUAAAAUUUCGCAUUUUUCAACGGACAGACAUACGCUGGAACUUCAGAAUAAAAUGUUGAUCCACUUAACUAAACACGGAAUUAUGACAUGUACACCACAGAAAACUUCCAGUGGUGCAUACACAGAAUUGUUCACAUCACAGAAAGAUAAAAAGGUUUACGCAAGACUGUUGGACUAUGUUGAAGGCGUUACAUUUGAGGCAAGUGGGAAGCCCGCGUACCUACUUCAUCCUAUCGGGACUUUAGUUGGCAAAGUCUGCAACAUCCUCCAGUCUUUCAGAUUUGAAAACUAUAAACCUUCAUCAUCACCAUUUGAUCUGCACAAGGCUUUGGUUGUGGAAGAGUAUAUAGACAAAUAUUUACACGGAGAUACAAGAGAAAUGGCUCGACAGAUAUUACAUCAAUAUACGACAAAAAUCCAGCCAGUUUUGGACAAGUUGCAACAAGGCUUUAUAAUUGCUGAUAUAAACAGUAGAAAUAUCAUUGUAAAACGACUCAAAGACAGAAACACACCCAGUGAUUACGUCAUAGCAGGAGUCAUCGAUCUCGGAGACGCUUGCAAAAGCGUUUACUUGUAUGAGAUUGCAGUUGUAAUUGGCGAGUUGAUGUCCACAAGCUUUUGCUCUAUAAACCCGCUAACUGUUGGAAAACAACUGCUUGCAGGAAUUAGAGAGCAUUUUGAAAUGACAGAGCUGGAGCUCCAUUUACUGAAGUUAUGUAUUUGUGUCAGACUGGUACAAGUACAUCUUAUUAUUGAAAACAUUAUUCAUACUCAAGACACACACAAGAACAUUCCGUACUUUGAAAAGUGUAGACAUAACUUCCUAAAGGUGUGCAAACAAUUGUGGCUGAUUAGUGAUGAAGAUUUCACAGACAUUGUGAUAAAUAAGUGAUUGACUACACGAUUUGUCAGAGAUCUAUUACAGAACAGAAUUGUUUUCAUGCGAAAUGAAGAACAGAAAAUGAUACGCAAAUCCGCGAACUGCGCAAGCGUUUACUGGUCAGUUUACCGAUCAUACUUUGUCAUUAAUUUCGCAUGAACUCCGAUUUUUUUUUGAUUUUCUUUUUUUUGUAUUGGCAUUAUAUUUACUUUCCCUCAGCUUUUUUAUAAACUACAAAUAAUAUGGAGUUUUAGAAUGUCUUAAAUCAUGUUUAAAGGCUUGUUCUAAACCUUCGCAUGAACUCCGAUUUUUUUUUGUGCUUGUUUUUUGUUAUAUUGGCAUUGUAUUUACUUUCCCUCAGCUUUUUUAUAAACUGCAAAUAAUAUGGAGUUUUAGAAUGUGUUAAAUCAUGUUUAAAGGCUUGUUCUAAACCUUCUUUAAGCAGGCAAAAAGACUUGUUCAAUGAACACUGUUUGUCAGUCUUAUUCCAUGUCAUGCUAUUGUCUCCAAACUGUUUUCUUUGAUUUUCACAUAUUUCUAGACAUUUCUUGGAUAUAUGAAUUUAGACAGCAGAAAAUUUUCCAUUAUAAAUAAUAGCUUUAUGAACAUA